AUGCAAAGACGGAUUUACCAUAACAACUCUCAGCAAAACUUGAAAUCAUAUAAAGUUUUUCUCUGCUUACAGGGUCCUUACUAAUUCUUCCCUUAUUUUCUCAUCUAGAUUGAACUUAAAGACCAUGGCUAUUUGUGUGCCUCGUAUAAUCAAGAAAUCAUCUUCUACAGGUGGAGAUGUUCCUAAGGGACAUUUUGCUGUGUAUAUUGGGGAGAAGCUGAAGAAGAGAUUUGUAAUCCCUGUAUCAUUUUUGAGCCAACCUUUAUUUCAAGACUUGCUUAGUCAAGCUGAGGAAGAAUUUGGCUUUGAUCAUCCAAUGGGCGGUGUCACAAUUCCCUGCAGUGAAGACUUUUUCGUUGAUCUCACAUCUCGCUUGAGGAAGUGACAAGGAAAUUAGUCCCCCUUUUUCUUUGCUUACACAAUUUUGUAAAGCCGCAAAGCAGGACCAAUGUGAAUAGUUAAUAGUUAGAAGAAAUACUGGUUAGACUAAUGAGUUUAGCACCAUAAAGAAUGGAUGUUGCUCGUUUCUGUAAUUAGGACACAUUUUUCUACUUCAAAAGAAAUUGAAGUAAUAUAC